GUCGUCUGCUGUAAGCCCAUGCGAUAAGGUGGUCGCCAGCAAAAACGCACGCAUACAUAAACACACAAGCACCAAUACGCACUCGCACACACAUUGCCGAUUCGUCGUCGUACCAAACGAUCGUUCGUCGUCGCUCGCUUCGUGCUUCGGGAAACGUUUAAUCGCGCUGCAUUUAGAACCUGACAGCCAUUCGCUUGCCGUAGCUUGUAGCGUGCGGUUGCCUCUCCCAUUCAAGCGGAAGAAUAUAAGAUAUAAAAACUCUCCAAGCAAUAUUAUAACGUAUUUCGACGUAGUUUCGCCUCGUCGUCGUUGCGCGAAAGUGAAAAGUGAUCUUGAAACUGAAAACUAAACAAAUCAAUUGUAUUGCAAGAAUUACACAACAACAACAAACAAACUAAGCAGUGCAACAAACUAACUGUAAAGAAAGUGCGCAGCAAAUUUCUGCAUUUGCUGCUAGUGCAAAAAGAAAAGAAAAACUCUAUCAAACUGUGUCUUAAACUGCAUAAACAAUAUAUAGCCGAUAUCGAGAUGGUUACCGGCAUUACCACAACCAUGAGCCCCAAUGUAUUGGGCACCGCUGUCGUCUCCACGCAGCAACAGCAGCAGCAGCAGCAGCACAAGGAGGCGCCAAUCAAAAGCGAUCGUCGGUCGAACAAACCGAUUAUGGAGAAACGUCGACGUGCACGCAUCAACAAUUGCCUGAACGAGCUUAAGACUCUCAUCCUGGAUGCUACCAAAAAAGACCCGGCGCGUCAUUCCAAGCUGGAGAAGGCCGACAUUCUGGAGAAGACAGUCAAACAUCUGCAGGAACUGCAGCGCCAGCAGGCAGCCAUGCAACAGGCCGCCGAUCCCAAGAUCAUAAACAAGUUCAAGGCCGGCUUUGCCGAUUGCGCCAAUGAGGUGAGCCGCUUCCCCGGUCUCGACUCCACCCAACGUCGCCGUCUGCUGCAGCAUCUGAGCAACUGCAUCAAUGGCGUCAAGACCGAACUGCAUCAUCAGCAGCGCCAGCAGGCGCUAGCCCAGGCGCAAUCGCUGCAUGCCCAAGUUGUGCUGCCCUCGCCGCCCAGCUCGCCGGAGCAGGAGCCGUCCGUCACGCCAGUUGCAGCCAGCGGCAACAACAACAGCAGCAGCAACAACACCAACACAACAGCGCCCUAUCUUUUUGGCCAGAUCCAACAGAAUGCGAAUGGCUACUUCUUGCCCAAUGGCAUGCAGGUGAUACCGACCAAGCUGCCCAACGGCAGCAUUGCGCUCGUGCUGCCCCAGAGCCUGCCACAGCAGCAGCAGCAGCAGUUGCUGCAGCAGCACCAACAUCACCAGCAGCAACAGCAACUGGCAGCAGCCGCGGCUGCCGCUGCCGCCGCCGCUGCAGCCGUGGCACAGCAGCAUCAGCAGUCACCGCUGCUGGUGGCGAUGCCGCAGCGCACGGCCAGCACCGGUUCCGCCAGCUCGCACUCCUCGGCCGGUUACGAAUCGGCGCCGAGCAGCAGCAGCAGCAGAGGCAGCUAUGCGCCGCCCAGUCCCGCCAACUCCGCGUACGAGCCUAUGGAUGUGAAGCCCUCGGUUAUACAGCGUGUGCCGCAUAUGCAUUUGGAGCAGCAGCCGCUCUCGCUGGUCAUCAAGAAGCAGAUCAAGGUGGAGGAGGAGCAGCCCUGGCGGCCCUGGUAAAUGAGCCAGGCGCUCGUUCUCCCUGUCUCUCUCUCUCUCUCUAUUAGAUUGGGUUCAGUUUUGAAUCUCCUCCCGCCAACCCGCCAACCGCUUUAAAGACUGAUGGGCGUCGCACACACACACGCACACACACACAUACACUCACACUUGCGCAGGCGUUGAGAGCAUUGCGCAAUUGACAUUUCACCACAUUUCGCCAGGAUAACGCAAAUGUUGCUUUGAAGUGUUCCGAGCAUGCGAGACUCCUAAUUUGUUGAAAUCUCGCCGAAGUUCAUUUUCCACUGGAAAAUGCCCAUCGAGAUGGAGACAUUCAUCACACACACACACACACACACACACAAAUUGUUAUAAUUUAUUUAUUAUUAUAUUAUUAUUGUGAAUUCAUUUCUCAAAUGGUAUUCUGCAUAUCGCCAAACUACCUCAGUCCAAGUACUUGGUGUUGAAUUGCCUCAUGAAUCAUGUAUUAGAAUUUUAUUUUAGAGUUUCAUGCUACACACACACACACACACACACACACACACUCACACACACACAGCAAUGAAAUCUUCAAAGUCUUCCACAAAGCGUUUGUGUUUAAAGUCGAAAUUAGUUUUGACAAAAACUUAACUAUAAUUUUAAUAAUACCUUAUAUCUCUCUCCAUUUAAAUAUAGUUUCACGUAUAUAUAGUAUAUAUGCUAAGCCGCUUAGGGUUUUUCUAUUGUCUGUAAGCUAAAGAAAGUAUAUAUAUAUAUAUACACAUACAUACAUGUAUAGCGAUCUAUUUGUAAGACCACGUGAUAUAGUGAACAUAAUGAGCGUCUAAGGAAAAGCAAAAACAA